UGUGGUGUGUAUUUUGUUUUUUUUAAAAGCGGGGGGUUGCCAGCAGCAGCAGUCAGACGACAGUGCCAUACAACCGGCCGCAGGCGCGUCAGGAGCAGCGCCCCGCCAGCAGCGCCUGGAGCUCGCCUGGGAUCGCUAUUGUGUGCGGACCGAAAAGCGAAAAGAAAGCCCGCGCGCACUCUCUCUCCCCCCCACCUCCACCCCGGGCCCGGAAAGUAUCGCGAGAGCGCCCUGGCUAACAACCUGCUUCGCAACACACACAGGAGCGCUGCCGCUGGGUUACCAGCAACAAGGAGCAGCUACACGGAGCAGCCGAGGGAGGAGGGGGAAGCACAUCUGGGCAAGGCGUAGAGUUUGAGGCAGGGAAGUGGAGGAGGAAAAAAAAAAAAGACUCGAGCACAUGCCGUGCUCCAGCGGCACCUCUGAGCAGCGCCCGGCCAGGCGGGUCAAGCUGUGUGUCCUCCAUUAAGAGUAACUAGCAAUAAGAUUGUUAUUUAAGCAACUUUCCUGGGGUGGUGUGGAAAGAGGGGGGGAGGCGGCGAUAGGAUUUAGAAUGAGGGAAGGACUCGGUUUAAGUUUGAGAUUUAAUAGAUGGCUAUAAAUGGGGGGGGGGUUGUUGCUGGAACUUUAAAAGGCAGCAAGCUGUGGUUGGCUGGUAGCUAGAUUUGAAGUAACAUAUGGCAUUAAAAGGGGCACAGCUGGAGGUAGCAUUUCCAUCGCAGUGAAGUCAGAGCAGCUGACUCUCCAGCUUGCGGUGUAAUUAGCAAACGGAGCACUCCUCCCAUCCCUCUCCUCCCUCCCAGACGCUUUUCCUUUUCUUUUUUUUUUCCCUCUCCCCCCCCUCUCUUUUUUCACACACACACACACACACACACAAGCAUUCUUCCAUUACUGGCUAGUGAAAGCCUCUUCUCUUCCCAAACAUUUGGGUGAUGGGGGGAGGGGAGACUCGAAGCAAAAAGCUUAGGCUGUUCUAGAACUUUUGGGAGGGGGAUUCGGUUUCCUCCCUGAGAACCCUUCGCUCUGUUUUCUCUAUUCAAGGUUAUGAAGGAAGAAUGGAGUUCCCAGACCAUAGCCGGCAGUUGCUGCAGUGUCUGAGUCAGCAGCGUCACCAGGGCUUCCUGUGUGACUGUACUGUUUUAGUUGGAGACGCUCAGUUCCGAGCCCACAGAGCUGUUCUCGCUUCUUGCAGCAUGUACUUCCAUCUUUUCUACAGGGACCAGCUAGACAAAAGGGACAUUGUGCAUCUGAACAGUGACAUUGUGACAGCCCCAGCCUUUGGCUUGCUGCUUGAAUUCAUGUACGAAGGCAAGCUGGAGUUCAACAGCCUCCCGGUUGAAGAUGUGCUGGCUGCAGCCAGCUACCUUCACAUGUACGACAUUGUGAAAGUCUGCAAGGGCAAGCUGAAAGAUAAGGAGUUGUGCGGGGAUGAAAAGAUGAACGGCAGUGGGAUUCCUUUGGAAAGAGACAUGCGGGUCCUUGAUGAAGGAGUGCCCUUGGGGCGUGAGCUCAGCCCCGGGAACAAACAAAAAUUGAUUGCUUUAGAAUAUGAAAGAUCAGCUGGAAAAGAAAAGGACAGUAGCUAUCUGGGCUGGUCCUCUGAAUUUGUAAGUAUCAACUCUGCAUUAGCAGAAGCAGAAUUGGACACUGUGGCAGCUGAAAAAACAAGAGCUAAUGUCUGUAGUUCAGUGGGACCUUUGUCCCAAAGAUCUCUUAACCACUCCUUGGCUUCAUCUGGCAUAGAAUGCGCUUUAGACCUGUCUUUCAAGUCUGUGGCCGGGAAGGAUUCCUUCCACCCCUCCUAUGUCUUUGGACAGCUGGCUUCCAAUGGUCAGCAGCAGAGUAGCAAACCUCUGAUUAAGGAUGAGCCAGAAUCUUUAUCAGAUGGAGAAGAGAGUGAGGCAAGGUGCCUAGAAAAUCAGCAUUUGGGGAGUUCUGCCAAGAGCCUGAUGACAGGAUUGGGAAAUGUGUUUGCAGGGAAUGGCAAUUCCCAAGAGCCAGAGGAAGACUUAGAUCACGAACGGGAGGUGAGUGAAGAUGACAUGGAUUCCUCUGACAUUCCGUCCUUGGGGGUCUUGGUGCCUCCAGGUCACAUCUGUAUUUGCCCGCUCUGCAGCAAAGUCUUUCCUAGCCCGCAUGUCCUCCAGCUGCAUCUCAGCUCUCAUUUCCGCGAUAAGGAUGUUUCAAGAACCAGGCUUUCCCCUGAUGGUUCGGUGCCUACGUGUACACUUUGUGGCAAGACUUUCUCCUGUAUGUACACCUUAAAAAGACACGAGAGGACUCACUCGGGUGAGAAACCGUACACCUGUGGUCAGUGUGGGAAGAGCUUCCAGUAUUCUCACAACCUGAGCCGCCAUGCAGUAGUGCACACGAGGGAGAAGCCCCAUGGCUGCAAGUGGUGCGAGAGACGGUUCACUCAGUCAGGCGAUUUAUACAGACACAUCCGUAAAUUUCACUGUGGCCUUGUAAAGUCACUGGUGGUUUGAGAGAAGUUGCCAAAAGGCACCAUUUAUUGGACUUCUUUACUCUGUUGAUUCACUUCGGGCAAAUUAUAUUUUGAGGGGUUGGGAGAAUGUAAUUCUACAUUUCAUAGAGGGAAGGCUUCAAUUGGGCAUUUUCCCUAUCUUUAGGCCUACUGUAGGCCUGCAAUUACCCUUAAUAUUCUGUUCGUUUUGGAGUAACAAGCUGAAUCUCAAUCUGAAUUCUUGGAUAGAAGCUGAUUUAAUCUCUUUGGUUUACUGUAAUUGGUAUGCUUCUGUCUUGGUGGAUGUGCUUCUGAUAAGUUGGAAAUAUGGUGAGGAAAAUAGAAACCUUGAUCAAAAGUGCUCCUUGGGUGAGAUGUACUAGAUUUGCCUGCAUAACAGCUCCUCCCUUCCUUCCAGUUUAGCACUCGUAUCUGCAGUGCAGAUGCCUCAAGUAGGCAAUUUCAGAGUUCUAAUGGCCCCAGUUCCUUUAUUGCUUUGGAUGUAGAUUUUUUUUUGUCAGUGUUUUUAAUCUGUUCCAGACAAGCAAAAAUCCAAAGGGAGGAGGGGGAGGGGGAGGGAUAGACUUUUUAUUUAUGAAGUAUGUGAGAGAGAAGAAAUCUGAGUUCAUGUGCCUCAUGGGGACUGUCUAGAAUUCUUAUGAUAAUUUUCACUAUAAUUUGAAGAGGCCUUGAAAUCAAUGUAAGGUGAGGCUGAAAAUUCCCCCUUUAGCAGGUGAUAGUUCUAUUCUUUUGAAACUCCACCUGCCAAACCAUCAGCCUCACUGGUGCUGCUACUCUUUUGCCUUUGCCAAUACUUUGGAAUUUCUCUCUGAAUUUACAUUUCUCGUGAAUUGUAGUGAAAUACUUGUUGUCCUUUUCUUCCCUCUUAGCUAUCAUGUAUAGAAUUGUGGAUGUGAACUUUGGCUUUUGUAUAUGGAAAGCCAGAGUGGUUCCUCCAUCCCCUAAUAUGAAUUACCUGCUGUGAAAUGGAUCACGGGUGGAAUGAAAGGAGCUUACCUGUGCAUUCAUACCUGGAUUAAUGCUGAAGGAAAAGAAGGAGAGAACCUUUCAAGAUGAAUCUUGAAAUAGUGUAGGAGAGAAUCAAGAUGCAGGCAUUAUAACUUGGUGCAACACAUUCAUACUUCCUAGUGUAGUCCUCUAGUUUUGCUUCUAACAAAAGCACUUUUUUCAGGUAAAUGAUGGAGAAAAAAUUGGAAUUUUAAAAUUUAAAAUGUUCUUUGCCUAUUGAGGCUGUUGAGAGUUCCUAAUUCCCAAAAGAUACUUUCCUUCUUUAAAUUACUUGACAGGCAUGGUUUUUAGGAUUGGGGGGGGAGGGGUGGAUUUCACGGUCAAUAAGGUACUGCAGAUUAUUCAGUGGUGGAAACAUACUGUAAUAGUUUUACUUUGACAAUGAAAAUAAGUGGUGGUAUUUGAAGGCCCAUUAUCUUUUUAGCCCUUAUUUUGCUACAUGUAAAAGAUCCAGCCCUCAUUUACCAUCAAUUAUAAAGUUAUUUUUGGCCUUAGAUUGCCAACUGUGAUUAAUCCUUCCCAUACCGUUGUUUGAUUGUAGUCAUUAGGAAAUGGUGAUGCCUAGGCUGACUUCUGUAUGUCAGAAUUCUGCUAAAAGUGCAAGAUCAGACUACACUAUUCUACCUCCCCCACUGAGUAAUUCAAAUUGAGUCUCACAGGCCUGUUUUUAUUUGAAUCAGGCCAGUGAAGACAUUUCUCUAUGAAGCAUUCAUAGUUGCUGUGCCCAUCCAUCUGUUCAUACAUAAACAGAUAAUUUGUGUAUUAAGGAUGAAUGUUCUUCCUUACGCAUUCACACAUGCUUUACUCCCAUUAGCACAGACUUAGACCUAUCUCUAAAACAUCUGGCUGCUGCAGGAAGUCAAUGGUGGGGGGGAGGGGAUGCUAUUUCUUGGAAACUGAAGAAUCAGCUUUUGCCUGACCCUUAAAACACAUUCAGCUGGAAUAGCUGAUGGACAAGAGACUUGGGUUUGAAGAAGAAAAGUGGAUUCAAAUGAAUGGAGCCUUGAAAAGUUAUGAGAGAAUCAAAUGAGCAUGUUGAAGGUGCAGAUGGCAGUCACAUUAAUGCAUAAUUUCCAUGUGCAUAUUAUAACGUUAUAAUAUGCACAUGGCUUUUUUUUAAAUCUUCAAAAAGCUAGGUUUUUGAAAAGAUCUCUUCUGCAUUUCAAAUUAUGGGGGAAUCUGUUGGUCUCCAGAAAACACACAACCAUUUAGUGGCACUGAACAUUGUUAAGUCUAAAUUAGUGUGAGUUGUUCCAUAGGACUGCAAGGGAGCAGGAACUGUUCUCUUGGAAGCAGAUCUGCCAGCAAAGGAAUUCACAGUUUACCUCUGAAGUCUCUGCUGUAGAAUACUUUGUGUUCUUAUUGAUAUACCAGUUCAUUUUCAUAGAUCAAAUCUUGUAAAAUGCUACUGAUUCAUAGAUGGGGAAGGCUUGAUAUUGGUUUGCAUAAUGAACUCGUUAUAAGCAAAGCAUUACUGCAUGACUUUCGGUUGUGUGGUAUUUUGGAGAGCUUAAAACAGAUUGAAAUGUUGUGGUACCUUUGGAAGAAAUUUGGAAUGUUCACUUAUUUCUACCUAAUUCCAGUAUUCUGUUGCCUGUCAUGUUAUUAAACAUGCCUUCAGAUAUCCACAAAAUAUAUUUUUGCAUAUGUGAAAUAUUUAUAAAAAAGAGAGUAUAACUGAUUAGAUUUCUGAGAAGUUGACGUUCAAUGAAUGGGACUAGAGAAGGAUUGCCAAAACAAAUUUACUGUCAUUUUGGAUGCACUGAAAUGAUUUUUUUGAAAAGGCAAGUAAUAUUAAAGUUGCAGAAAAUAUUAUCCAGCACUUCCCUUUAAUUAUUAGAAUUCCCCAAAAGGGAGGUUGCAUAUGUUGCCGCAGGGGAUUGUUAUAUGCUCAGCCAAAAUUGUGAUUGUGGGUGGUUGUUGGGAUCGUUUUUUACAGUAAUAUAUCCCGCUGCUGAAAAGUCAUGUAAACAAUAACAUCUCCAGAGUUAAUGUAAAAGCAGUGUCUCGGUUUUAAUUUUUUUCCUUCCUGAUUUUAUGCAUUUCCCUUUGAAUUGUAGCCAAAAUAUUUAGGAAAUAGUGUUAUGAAAAAAGCAUAACUACUACAUUAACAGCAAUAUAGCUGUUUCAGAGAGGGAGAUGUUAUGAUAAGUGACUCCUUUUUAUUCAGAUAAAAACUUAUGGUGCAAGCUUUUUUAACUCCUAUUUUAAAUGAUAGUGGCCAUAGUGUGUGAAAUUUGACAUUUAUGGAAUGUCAGGUUGUAGGUAAUUGGUGACUGUAUAAACAUUCUUACUAACAAGGCGCAGGGUAGAGCACCAUAUUCCUAAAACACAUGACAACAGUACUGUUGUCCUCCUUUCUUCAUAUCUCUACCCCACCCCUUGGCCCAGAUUGGAAAUAGCACUGAACAAAACCUUCAAGUUAAGUUAUUUCUUUUCUUUUUAAAAUUUAAGUUAUAUAUCUAUAUAUAUUUUCCUCCUGAUGAUACUUGAUAUAGUAUUUAUUAGAUUUUUUUUUAAUUAAGGAAUGCUUGCUGUGGAGCUUUUUCAGAAUAACAAGUGUGAAGUUGGUGAUUUUAAUUUUAUUUCUGUACAUGUUUUACAAAGUGAAUGUGUGAACAUGUGAACCAGUACACAGAAUGUAGUGCUCUUUAUAUGCUGAUCCUAUGCUGGGUGGAAUGGCGGAAGAAUACCCAUCUCAAUAUGGAGCCUUGAUUGUUUGCAAGGAGCUCUGCUUUCUUGACUGCACGGGAGAACGAUGAAGAGAUGUUUUAUCCCAGGCGCAAUACAAGGGGCACUACAAGGAAGGAUUUAAGUACCUGGGUCCCUGAACCCGUUUGCCUCUUAUCUUGGUACUUGCUGAAGGAUUUAAAAUUAAGUGCCAUAGGAUACUAGUGGGUUGGAUUUAAGGUUUUUUUUUUUUAGCUAAGUUUAAUUUUUUGGAGAUGCUCUCUGCUGCAGUUAAAAAAGAACAGGUGGCAGAUGCAUCCAGCUAAGGGAUUUAUUGAAGUGUUGUCUUUUUAUUAUUCUUUCCCAAAAUUUCUGGGUUAAUCACUUCUUUUUUUAAAAAAAAAAGAUUGCACUUUUAUUUAUCUUUUUCAUUCUUUGGAUUUUUUAAAAAAUCGUUGCAAUAGUUCUGAGCAUGUUUUGUUUGUUUUUUUAUGUUUCUUUACUCCACAGAAAAUUACUAAGCACUGUAUACUUAGGGUUUGUUUCUUAAUAUUCAGCAGCUGCUCUGGUUUGCAGAGAGCAUAACUGGAAAUUUGGGGGCUCCGUUCUGAUUUUAUUCAUUGGAGUCUGAAUUUUAUCAUAGUACAGCUUUACCUAAAACACUGAAUUUGUCUUCUACUUCAAACCAAUACUGUGAAGUUAAUGUUUGAAAGAAAAAAAUCUGCUAUUUUAAAUUGCUUUUAAUCUUGGUGCAGUUCAGAUUCAAAUAUGUAUAUUUAAAGACACUAAUUUUUGUGGGAGAGUUUUUAUAGUGUAUAGUAUGUAGAAAAGCUAUUGGAUUGAACUAUAUUUUAUUAAAAAAAAGUUCUUUCACUGUUUUAUAGUGAAUUAUUGCCCUCACCCUCUCAUUGUUGGUUCUAUGCUGUAUUUUAGGCUAGGUUCGACAAUCGCAUAAAAAUGACUUUGACAAACUUUAAUGUCUAGUUUCUGUGUGGUUUUGUUCCUUUUUUUAAAAAAAAAUGUGUGUUGGUAUGUGCUUUUUUAAAAAAGGAAAAAACUGUGACAAUCGUGAUUAGAAUUGUCUUUACUGAAUAAAACACACUAGAGUUACAAGUGAAGUCUUUUGUUUAUUUCAAAAUAUUUAUAUUGUUCAGAAUGAAACCUUCAAAAAGUGAUGUUUCCAGAGAAAUGAUAUAGAAGAUUCAAUACAAGAGGCAAGCAGAGGAAAACAAUUUUGAGUCAUCCAUACUAAAGAACAUGUUCAAGUAAAGAAAUAAAUGUUCAAGGUUAUUCUGAAAAGGCUAAAUGUAGGUCAAGCUUAUAAAAAAAAAAUCACUUGACGAAGUGUGGGGUUGUCACUAAAAAGUCCUGCAUCUCAUGGUCAUGAUUAGUUUUACCUGUGGAUACACUAGCUAGAACUAAGUAGGAGAUGGAGAUUGAAGCUGCUUUCAAAAUUGGGCUGAUCUCAAGCCACUUAGGGCUUGAAAAGUUUACGUCAAGAAACUCUUGGCCUCAGGUAGAUAGGAAAGGAAAGCCUUUCACACUUACACAGAAAGAAAUAUGAAUUUGUCCUACAAUACACUCUACAUGCUUCAGAAAUUUGCAGUCCCAGAUGCCUGCUUGUUUACCUAUAUGAUAUACAUGCUUAUGAACACCCACUUGAAACAU